UGGUAAAAGAUGGCGGAUGAGAAUGAGGCAGCACCGAAGCCGGAGAAAGAAAAGGAGUUAGAGGAUGACCACGGACACUGCAGCGACUGCGAAAAUGAAGAGCAUCACUUUAAUGAUAGCGAAAAGAGCCCUGGGGAUGACAGUGGAGCAAAGAAAAAGAAGAAGAAACAUAAGAAAAAGAAGGACAAGUCUGGGGGUAAAGACACAGUUCAGGACCCUUUGGCCAAGGUGAGCUCGCUGCCAGCAGACAAGCUCCAGGAGAUCCAGAAAGCCAUCGAGCUCUUCUCUGUAGGCCAGGGCCCUGCGAAGACCAUGGAGGAGGCCAGUCGCCGUAGCUACCAGUUCUGGGACACGCAGCCCGUCCCUAAGCUAGGUGAGCUGGUGACGUCACAUGGCUGCAUCGAGCCAGACAAAGACAACAUCCGUGAAGAGCCCUACAGCCUCCCACAGGGGUUUUCCUGGGAUGCCUUGGACUUGGGCAACCCCAGUGUGUUGAAAGAGCUGUAUACCCUGCUGAAUGAGAACUAUGUGGAGGACGAUGACAACAUGUUCCGCUUUGACUACUCGCCGGAGUUCCUGCUCUGGGCCCUUCGCCCCCCUGGCUGGCUACCCCAGUGGCAUUGUGGUGUGAGGGUGAACUCCAACCAGAAGCUGGUCGGCUUCAUCAGUGCCAUCCCUGCCGCCAUCCGCAUCUAUGACACGGUGAAGAAGAUGGUGGAAAUCAAUUUCCUUUGUGUCCACAAGAAACUGCGUUCGAAGCGGGUGGCACCCGUGCUUAUCAGGGAGAUAACCCGUCGGGUGAACCUGCAGGGUAUCUUUCAGGCUGUCUACACUGCGGGCGUGGUGCUUCCCAAACCUGUGGGCACCUGCAGGUACUGGCACCGCUCCCUGAAUCCGCGGAAACUAAUAGAAGUGAAGUUCUCCCACCUCAGUCGGAACAUGACUAUGCAACGCACCAUGAAGCUGUACCGCUUGCCAGAGACUCCAAAGACCCUUGGGCUGCGACCCAUGACCAAGAAGGAUGUCCCAGCCGUGCAUGCCCUGCUGCAGCAGUACCUGCGCCAGUUCAACCUGGUGCCGGUCAUGAAUCCUGAGGAAGUGGAACACUGGCUGCUGCCCCGGGAGAACAUCAUCGACACAUACGUAGUGGAGAAUGCCCAGGGCCAUGUGACCGACUUCCUUAGCUUCUACACGCUGCCAUCAACCAUCAUGAGCCACCCGGUGCACCGCAGCUUGAAGGCAGCCUACUCCUUCUACAACGUGCACACAGCCACCCCACUGCUGGACCUGAUGGGCGAUGCCCUCAUUCUGGCUAAGUCGAAAGCGUUUGAUGUGUUCAACGCACUGGACUUGAUGGAGAACAAGACUUUCCUGGAGAAGCUCAAGUUUGGCAUUGGUGAUGGGAACCUGCAGUAUUACCUGUACAAUUGGAAGUGCCCUAGCAUGAGCUCGGAGAAGGUGGGGUUGGUACUCCAGUGACACACCUGUGGCAGCCAAGCAAGGAGAUGGCCCCACGCACUGAUCCCCUGGACUGAUGGAUUGAUGGACCUCCUGCUUCAGGAAUGACAACCCACCGCCCAUUUUUUUAAUUUUGAUGUUUGACUGACCUGCACUGCCGUUGUUGAGCUGGGGUAGUGAUUCCCCCUCCCUGCCAUGCCCCCCCCCCCCCCCCAAUCGCAUGGAGCUGAAGCCAUUAUUUUUGUAACAUCUCAAACAACAACCUGAGACAGUCACGAUUGUACAGCAUACUCAGACACUCUACAUGCUUGGUUCUCAACAUAGCUGUUAAAUGGACAUAUUCAUGACAUGCACAUCCAGGAUAUUUUCUGAUUCACUUGCACACAUCUAUAGAACUGUCACUUUUUUUUUUUUUUUUGCUUUGAUCCUGUCUAAAUGGGAACCAUUUUUGCAAAGCACCCAUUGUCAUCAUCUUAAUCUGCUUUUAGAGGAGAUUAAACUUGAACAAUCAGAAAGGAGAAAAAAAUAAAUAAAUAUCCAAAGUGGACAAAGGACUAUGAUUGCUCUCAGUGAUUAGUUUUUUUUUUUUUUUUUUUUUUUUGGUCUUUCUCCUUGAGUGGGUCUUCUCCAAUGCCCUCGUCAACUGUAACUUAUGCCAACCUUUUCUUUUUCUUUGUGCCAGUUUAGAUAUUGCGUAUCUUUUCAGUUGUUCAGAGGGAAACCAAGAGAAGAGAGAUUGGAAUGUGGAAGA